UGUCAGUGUAUUCAUUGAGUCAUUGUAAGAGAUGCAGAGCUCCAUGUGUGGGUCAGUGUUGGUGAGUAGUAUUGUAACAGGGAAGACAAAGGACAGAACUGGACCUUAAGGGAACUGAAUCACCAAGGAAUCGGCCAAAAGAAGAAGACAAACCAACAUGAAGCUUUAAAUGGAUCUGAAGACGAUGGGAUUUACAUCUUUUGCUCUGAAACUUCGGAGUGACUGAGGAAAAAAGAAAAAAGGAGAAAACACACUAGAGGAAACGGGGAGACUCAAAGAAGACCCUCUGCUGAUGGACAUAAGCACAACAGUGAUUUUUCUUUCUUUCUUCUUCCAGCUGAUGACGCAGGCAACAUCUCUGUGGAGUGACCUGCUAAAAUGGCACCAGAUAUCCAAUGAAUAGAGCUAAUACACAGACAAGCUGAAAGGAUAUGUCAUGAGAAUAAGAGUACCUGUUUUAACUUGUGUGGCCUCUGCUGACCACCAAGCAUGGGCAAAGCAGAAAUGACUGACUGAUCCCCAGACGCUAUCUGGAAUUACACAUUUAAGUGGUAGCUGAACUCCUUUAGCCAUGCCGGGAUGCUGGACAUACCAAAGACGCUAGGGCCAAACAUGCUGGAACAUUGGUGCGUCUUUCUAACAGAGCAGUGAGGAUGAAGAGACGAGGCCACACCAGAGGCCAGAGGUUUGUCAAGGCUGACUACUAUGAACUGGACUGGUACUAUGAAGAGUGUACGGACGUGUUGUGUGCAGACAGAGUGGGCCAGAUGACAAAGACCUACAGCGACAUUGAUGCUGUCACCCGACUGCUGGAAGAGAAAGAGCGGGACCUGGAGCUGGCAGCCCGCAUCGGACAGUCGCUGCUGAAGAAGAACAAAGCUCUGAGUGACAGGAACGAGCUGCUGGAGGAGCAGGUGGAGCACGUCCGAGAGGAGGUGUCUCAGCUGCGUCAUGACCUCUCCAUGAAAGACGAGCUGCUGCAGUUCUACACCAACGCUGCUGAGGAAAGUGAUGGGGACUCAAACACCUCCACGCCGGUGCGUUUGAGUGAACCUAACGUGUCCACCCCGGCCCUGUUUCCAUUGGACUCCAUGCAGAAGAAACUCAAAGAUUUGGAAGAAGAAAACAAAUCACUGCGAUCUGCGGCGAAUCAUUUGGAGACUGAAACGAUCUCGUAUGAGGAGAAAGAGCAGCAGCUUGUCAACGACUGUGUCAAAGAACUACGAGCUGCUAACCUCCAGAUUUCCUCUCUGGCAGAAGACCUGGCCAGGAAGAGCGAGGAUGCUUCCAGACAGCAGGAGGAGAUCACACACCUCCUCUCUCAGAUCGUCGACCUGCAGAAGAAGGCGAAGCUCUAUGCAGUGGAGAACGAAGAGCUGACUCAGCACCUGGGUGCAGCCAAGGACGCCCAGAGACAGCUCACUGCUGAGUUGCGGGAGCUGCAGGAUAAGUAUGCAGAGUGUAUGGAGAUCCUCCAUGAGGCUCAGGAGGAGUUGAAGAACCUGAGGAAUAAAACUCUACCUCUCAACACCCCGAGGCGUUUCCAUACACUGGGCUUAUUCCCAAUGGACUCGCUUGCAGCAGAAAUAGAGGGAACUAUGAGAAAAGAGCUUCAGAUGGAUGAUCCAGACGUAGAAGAGCAGAGACUGCACCCAAAGCGAGUUUUCCAGACGGUGAAAAACCUCAACUUGAUGCGUCAGCAGCGUUCCUCCGCGGCCCCCUCCCCUCUGAACAUCCCAGGGUCCAAUCAGAACUCGUGCUUCACCUCGGGCCGCUCCAGCAGGGUGGGCACGCCUCGCUCCAACUCCAUCCACGGGAGUGACACAGGAAGUGGGAUCAUCUUGGACAACAGGGCAAGCAGUAUCCUGGAGGGUCCGGAUGACGGGUCAGAAGACUCCAACAAGCGGCCCCCUGGUACGCCGGGGACCCCGGGCAGCAGGGACCUGGAGGCAGCCCUGCGACGCCUGUCGCUGCGCCGUGACAACUACCUCUCAGAGAAACGCUUCUUCGAAGAAGAGAGGGAGAGAAAGCUAGCCUACCUGGGGAAAGAGGACGAAAAGGGAGAGGCUGAAGGCAGUGGGGGCCCGGGGUCCCCAACGGAGAGCCUGCUGUCGUUCUGCUCACAUCCCUCCUUUGGAAGCAUCUGGUCGGGUUACUCCAUCACAGCCAGGUCCUACCUGCCGGAGAAGCUGCAGAUUGUAAAGCCGCUGGAAGGUUCUGCUACCCUGCACGCAUGGCAGCAGCUGGCUCAACCACACAUGGGGGCUCUGCUGGAUCAUCGGCCGGGCGUGGUCACAAAGGGCUUUCGCAAUUUAGAGCAGGACCGGGAGCAGGAGCGGGAGGACAGCUGGCAGCUGGACCAGCCGGAGGAGGACGAGGCGUCGUGUGAUUCGUUCACCGGCUUGUCAGGGGAGAGCCCUGCGCCGACAAGUUCGCUUCACUCUACCUCCGCCGGCUCCGCCUGCUGUAACAUCAAGGGCAGCAACCAGCUAGAAGGACUGAAUGGAGGAAUUUGUGGUCUGAAAGAGGCAGUGGAAGGAAAAGAUGGACUUGUCGCCGGCACUCUCCUUCCCCUUUCCUGCCCUCCCCCGUCCUCUCCCGUUCCCUCUUGUUCGGAGGGCAGCAGGCACACGGACCUCAAGGAGCUCCAAUCCCUGCAACCCGCCACUGUGGACCGCAUGCCUGUCCAUUUCCCAGGGAAAUGUCUGUCCCACACCAGCUCCACCUACACCUUCACCACCUGCAGGAUUCUCCACCCUUCUGAUCAGCUGACCUCGGUGUCCCCCAGCCCUGCCGUAGCGUUUUGUCAAAGCAGCUCUGCCAUCGGCACUCCGACCCACACCUCCUCUCCCGUACCCUUCUCAGCCCCGCACACGCCCUCCUACACCCCCUGCUGCACCCCGCGCCGCCUCUCCCUUUCGCUCUCCCUCGGCGAGUCCUCCACCAACUUGAGAGACUCCACCAAGACCACCAGCACCUCUCUAGGCCUUGUGCGCCUCCUGCUGGAGCAUGGCAUUUCUGCCUCGGUGUACGAUCCUUGCAGCUGGGACCGAGGGCUGGGUGCCAGCGGCGCUUCAACGCCCACAGGAAGAGUGCAGGUGCAGAGCAGCGCAGCCAAGUCAGGGGAGAAUGAAGUCAGACAGCUGGUGAGGCGACCGGACACACUCCUCCUUCAGCCCUGCUCCCCUCCGAACUCCCCGCCCCAGGAAUCCGCCUCAGCUGCCACGGCGCGGCCCGCGUUUCAGUUUAGCCCUUCGAAGGAGGAUCCGCCGUAUUACGAUGCCUUCCUCGCCUCCAAGCCGGCUCGCACCAUUCUGAGGGAAGUGCUGAUGGAUCUAGAGAGAGAGUACGACGGUGAGGCGGACGAAGACGGCCAGAACGAGGUGGCGAACCUCGGACUGGUGGACAAACUGAAACGCUUCCGAACGCUCUCCCCUGUUUCCGCCUCGGUUUCCUCCGGGAGCGGUCUGUUGGCGCCCUUCAGCUCCAGCGGACUGGGUGGUGGGCUCCCAGGUUUAAAUGCAGGACUCAGGAGGAACCGAAGCUAUCCGGCCUUGGUGGGGGCCAGCAUGGCUAUGAAAGACCCUGGUGGGCCGCCCUGCGCUGUCAUCCCACAGACGACGCAAACAUCACACCCACAGGAUCCGGCGCAGACAGACGAAACGGGCAAAGUGCAAACACAUCCCUCUGUCGUCAGGAAAGCCAUUCACAUACCACAGACUUUACACGCACUGGAACCAGUCACACCACAGACGAUAAUACAGAGACACACCAGGCCAAACUGGGAUUCAGACAACUCAGCAACACAAGGCCAACACAGUGAGGGUCAAACCAGGACAUGGUAGGAAAAACUCAGUACAUUAGGCCAAAAUCACAGCGUUUUAAUACACUUUUCAUGUUAUCAUUACACAUGUACAAAUACAAAGCCAAAAAGUAUAUGUAGCGCACACUUUGUCUGCAAAAGCAGACCGGUUCAAUCCGCCCCCAUUUCCCCUUACAGCCAGUAGUCUGUGAACCUGAACAAAAUGCCGGAGUGACGACUGAGAGCAGUAGUGGCUGAAACUGUUACACUGUGUUAUAUUUAAAUACUGUCUGGCCAGAUUAACGACGGAGUAUGCUGCCUUCCUUUGUGUCAUUAUUGUACAAUGUACUGUAUAUGCAAUAUACUGUGGCAUAUAGCAUAUUAUUAAAGCCCCAGUCUGGAGUACUUUUACGAUGUGGCUGAAUUCAUGUGCUAUGUCUAGAGAUGCACUGGUUUCUGUGGCCGGUUUCCAGUCAUCAGCUCCAGUCCUCAAGAGCCAACGUCCUUGAACUGGUCCAACAUACUUGAAUCAAGCCAAUAGCUCAUUACCUCUGCCCAGCUGACCAGAUCGAGACCUUUAGAUGAACUCUGAGACUACCAGCGUCUCCAAUUUCAACAGGCUUCAUGAAAGCUAAACUGGAUUAGAAAGAAAAAAGAGAAAUUUUGCUAAAUUCCCUUCAGCCUCUUUGUGUCAUAAAAUAUAGUUUCCUUUUAAAUAGCUUCUUUGUACUUUCUCUGGUUUCAUUUUUUAACACAUAAGCUGAUGCAGAAAGCAGCCAACUUUGAUUCCUCUUCUCGCGUCGCUGCCAGCACGACACGGUCAUGUUUGUGCUGGUUGUGUUUGUUAAUCGGAGGAACGGUUGGACAGUCGCAUUUCCGACCAGCCAAUAGAUAUCAUCAAAUGUUUUCCUUUAAAAAGUUGUCAUUGUUUCAUGAAGCAAUUUAGGCAUUUUUAUAAGAUCCUAACUGCUUGUCUUUCUAUUUUUCUGCGCUGGAGCUGAAAAAGCGUCACAGUUUUUGUCUACAAUGUCUUUUCCUCUUUUCCUUUAAAAAAAAAAAUCCAGAUUGGGGCUUUAAGAUAUCUUGUUGCUGUGACUGAAUGUUCUUAUGUGCCUAAAAACAAACACACUGUAUUUCAUUAGAAACUUUAUUGCAUUUGUCGUCCUUUGUUGGUUUGUAAAUGUUUUUGUUUGCCUUUUGUUUUGCUAUGUGCAAUAGACAUGACUUUAUUUGUGCAAUUCAACGGUUUGCGUGAGAUUCUGUGCGUUCUUCUCAUUUCAGAUGUACAUUUUUAUUUAAUUUUUUUUGUUUUAAGUCCUCAUAAAAUGUUGGAUUCUACGGGAAUAGAGUAAAGCUGUUAAAUCUGAAGGAGUCCCAGAAUAUUUUCCUCUUCCUCCCCCCCCUUUAUUUAUUUUGCUUGAUCUGUCCGUUUGCAUCCAGGCAGUAAAGGAUAACAUUGAUGAAUGUAGGUGUUGGGAGUUUGACAGACAAAAUGGACACAGACAUGGCGGUUUAGCAAAAUACUGCAACAUCAGCCCCUUCAGCACAGCUGAGAAUGAAUCUCGCAUUUAACCCUCGAAGCUGAUGUCAGUUUGCUGCGUAUUUUAAUUUUUUCAAAGCAUUUAUCAGUUGUUGUUUUGUUUUGUUUUUUCAAUACUGUCCACCUUGCAUCUCUAAGCAUGUACAUAAUUUACUGAGUUUGGGUCAAACAGCAGAGAGCAGUGAAAUCUGAAUCCUGCUGAUCUCCAGCUCCCGUCUCUGCAGAGUUGAUCAGUUCAAUCUUUAAUCUUUCUGGCUCGAUUGCACCUGAAUGAGGGGGGCGACUGGAACUCACGUUUGUAAAAUGACUUGGUAAACUAAACUGUGAUCCCAACACGCAGCGUUUCAGACGUUUACACAGAUCAACAUUCAGGUUGUUGUUUUCAUUAGGAGUUUCAAUGCGUAAUCUGGGUUUGGACUUUGUACCUGGACCAAGACGUUGUAGCUUGAAUGAAUGGGAAAUUGAGCUGUUUCGUUUCAUAAGUCACGCAAGUGAUAAUUGCACAUCUUCAAAGUGAAGGAUGUUUCAGGUUGUUUAUUUUAGUGUCAUGUGGAAUCACCUUUACUGUACGGAUUAAAUUCUUCAUACUGCCGAGCCUUUUAGAAUAAUUUCUCUUGCCAGCAGGGGCAUUGAUUGUUCGCUGUCUACAAGCCCGUUUCUGCCUUAAGCAGCAGCACAGUUUAAGAAAAAUAAAAGAACUCAGUAUUUCAGAGGAGAAGAAUGGAGCAGUAAUGUUGGUACGACAGCGGGUGUCUUAAUGUCAUUUUUGUGCCACAUCAUCCGAAUGUAAGUUGUUAUUCAGCUUGUAGGGCCAUUGUACAGAUUUAUGUCUGAUUUCAUCAUUUCAUUGUAACUGUAUGCAACACAAACAUGUAUAAUUUUGAAAUAUAUAUAUAUAUAUAUAUAUAUAUAGUAUGGUUAAAAAAAAGUAAUAAAGGUGAGUAGUUUAUGUAGGAUUAUAGGGAAAUAUGUUCUAGUCAGAGACUGGUGGGCUCUAUUUUAUAAAACAUGUCCAACUGUCAAUAAAAUAUGAAAUAAAGAUUUAA